GCGGGACGCAGACAGACCCCACAGUAUGACCGUAUGAUUGUCAGUAUGACCGUUUGACCGACAGUAUGACUGUAUGACCGACAGUAUGACCGUGUUACCUUGUGACCGACAGUAUGACCAACGCUAGGACCGUAUGACCGUAGACUGCCAAGGGCAGAUUACAGUGUAUUUUGAGAAAUACAAGUCUUCUGUACGUGGAGGUAUGGUGAGCUUGGUCGGUAUGGUAAUAUGGCAUUGGUAUGCCUUAAAAACGAAACAAUCGCCAACCAUGUUUCUAAAGCAUACUGUGUCAAAAUCCACUGUCAAACAGAUGUUAGCGAAAUUACGUGUGUACUGCUUUAAGGCCCCGCCUGCAUUGUAGAGAGGCCAUGGAGCAGAAGGGAGAACUUCAAACGAAUGUUUUUUGUUGUUUUUUCAGAUAUAGUCUUACAAUUUGGCAUGGGUAUACUAUGGAAUCUCCUCUUAAUAGCCAUAUUCGACAGCUGAGCCUACAUAUUUUGGAUGCUAUGUAAGGACCCCUUAUAAUACUAACGAUUAGAAUAGGGUUUCUAAGGAUUUCGUAGGACACCUAAUAAUUCCCUUUACUGGCGCCGCCAUUUUGUUUUAGAGUCGUACGUUCAGCCUCACUGAACUCGGUAUACUCUCAGAAUCCCGAGUGGGGCCAACCAAAAGGGGGCGCAAAAAAGCUGGGAAGUUUACACCUCACGACUAGUACGGGUGGGCGUACCAUAAAAAUAGAUCGCAUCAUAAUCUAGAGCCCAUUGGCUGAAACCGAACAACGUCUUUAACAAUACCGGCUGUCAAUCAUCCGCGUGCGUCACUUCCGGUGUCAGGCUGGUCGAUCUGCUCUCCGCUAACAAGGGUCACAAUAACACGGGUUAAACAUAAUAACAAGGGUUAAACACAACACCGGUGGAACCCUAACAUAACAGAACCAUAUGACAACACAAGACAUGUCCAGGCUGUGAACGACGGACACUUCAGCGGAGGUUCGCAUCUCGAGAGCUCCAGGAUGUCGAAGCGGCGGUCGUCAUCGGAGCGGGGGGGCGGCGAGACGUCAGCCAGGGCGGGAAAACUCCUGUGUUCUGGGAUCGCCGGGGGCAACGCCAAGAAGGCUGGGCCCUUCGUGCUCGGCCCUCGCUUGGGGAACUCCCCGGUGCCCAGCAUCGUGCAGUGCCUCGCCCGCAAGGACGGAACGGACGACUUCUACCAGCUGAAGAUCCUAACCCUGGAGGAGCGCUGCGACCCGGCCGCAGAGAACAGAGAGAGAACGGGGAGAUGCUGGCUCCACACGGAGUACUCCCUGCUGUCGCUGCUGCACGGGCAGGACGGGGUGGUGCACCACCACGGCCUCUUUCAGGACCGGGCGUACGAGGGCCUGGAGCAGUCUGAGGCCACCAGGGGGCGUAAGCUGAAGAAGAGGAUCUGUCUGGUGCUCGACUGUCUCUGUGCCCACGACUUCAGCGACAAGACGGCGGACCUCAUCAACCUGCAGCACUACGUCAUCAAGGAGAAGAGGCUGAGCGAGCGCGAAGCCAUCGUCAUCUUCUACGACGUGGUGCGCGUGGUGGAGGCCCUGCACAAGAAGAACAUUGUCCACAGAGACCUGAAGCUGGGCAACAUGGUGCUGAAUAAACGAACCCACCGGAUCACCAUCACUAACUUCUGUCUGGGGAAACACCUGGUUAGCGAGGACGACCUGCUCAAGGACCAGAGAGGAAGUCCCGCCUACAUCAGCCCCGACGUCCUCAGUGGGCGUCCGUACCGGGGUAAGCCCAGCGAUAUGUGGGCCCUGGGCGUGGUUCUGUUCACCAUGCUGUACGGCCAGUUCCCCUUCUACGACUCCAUCCCCCAGGAGCUCUUCAGGAAGAUCAAGGCUGCAGAGUACACCAUCCCUGAGGACGGGCGUGUCUCUGAGAACACGGUGGCUCUGAUCCGGAAGCUGCUGGUUCUGGACCCCCAGCAGAGGCUGAGUGCUGCCGAGGUUCUGGAGGCGCUCAGCUCCAUCAUAGCCUCGUGGCAGUCAGUGUCGUCCCUGGGCGCCCCUCUCCAGGUGGUCCCGGAUAUCGAUGACCAGGUCAGCCCCCCUGAACACCUACAGGAGGCCAAGGUCUCUGAGGAGGCGUCGCAGUACGAGUUUGAGAACUACAUGCGGCAGCAGCUGCUGCUGGCCGAGGAGAAGCACUCUCUGCACGAGGCCAAGAGCUUCCUGUCCCAGAGGCACUACGGCAGCCCCUGCACCCCUCCCGUCAGAAGACUGGGGCUGGACGCCCAGCCCGUCAGCCCUCUGGACGCCGCCCUGCUGGCCCAGCGCUUCCUACGGAAGUAGCCCCAACCUCUCCGACCCCACCUCCACCCACCGGGCGGCACCACAACCAAGCGCUGACGGACCGGCCCGGAUCGGACUGGAGCAAACCGG